AUGAUGUGUGCUCACUGCAAAGAAUCGCACACCUUUGUUGGGAAUAUUGUUAAUUUCGCUGUUGGGGUCGAUAAACUGUUCGUCCUGACGGAUACUCAGCUUCACCAGACGAGGCUCGACCUCAAUCCUGAGACGCGGAAAGUAAUAUCAAAUGCAACAACUUCAAACCAAAUAGAGAUUCUACUGCCCUUCAUCUCUAACAGCACUGUGAUAACAUGUGGAACAUACAACAACGGAUAUUGUGAAGUUCUUGACAUCAAUAAUAUAUCUAAGACGAUACACAAGGAAGGCAUCAAUAUUGGAACAUAUCCAAACAUAGCAGUAAUUAUUGGCCAUGGAGAUAACAAAUAUUUACUGGUGGGCAGAAAGUUUAAGUCUAGUGACAAUGCCUUGGUAACGUUGCGGGACACAAGAGAUAAAGAGCUUCACGGGGGGAUUUUCUCCAAAACAGAUGGAAGUGCUAGGCCUAUUCUAACUUCAGGCAUCCAAAAUAUUCGUGCCACAGAGGUUGAGUUUGUUGAUGGCUUCCAGCAUAAUGCGUCCUCACAUGUUUGUCUAUUUUUCAAUGAAAAGAGGGGCUCCAAGUCGACCGUGAAAGUUUUGAGUCUGGACAGUAAAUACAUAAAGGACGGAAAAUACACCAAAGCGGGCACAUUUACGACCCUCCAAGGUGCCGUCCUGCAGUGUUGUGAAAGCGACGUGGGCAGACAAUGGAACCUUCUGUCCUCCGCUCUUAUUCCAGGAGAGUUGCCCAUCCUUUGGGCAGGUGUUUUUCAGGUUGAGACGAAUCCCGGAGAAACUGUAGUUGCUGUUUUUGACAUCAGCCGAGCACGCACAGCGCCUGUUUCAGGAUUCUGCAUCAACAAAGGCGACGCAUGUGAUCCAAGUGAUGAAGUAAAGUCAAAUCAAAUCACAGAUAAAGUUAUCAGGCCAGCUGCUGUUGUGUUCAGGAACAGUUCCAUAACAUCUGUUGCUGCCUUGAAGAGCAACUCCUGGACUGUUCUUUUCUUUGGCACUAAAGCUGGACUGUUGAUCAAGGUUGCUUUAGACGAGUCCCUCAAACUUGGCUGCCCUACUGUGUUGUACAGCUCAGAGGAGGAUCGGAGGUUUUUACCCAAGAUGCUCUUUGCUCCAGUGAAUCCCACAGACGUUUUCGUGGCUCAGGGAAACCAGAUGAUAAAGGUACCUGUGGCCAGGUGUGGUUUGUAUCAGACUCUGGGGGAGUGCUGGUCGGCCCUGGACCCCUUCUGUGGAUGGUGUGUGUCUCAGAGCAGAUGUAGGUUUCAGCAUGACUGUUCCAGCUCUGACUGGGUCUCGGUUCCUGGGACGUCCCAGCAGAGGGACAUUAUGUCUGUCCACAUGGUCAGGAGCAGAACUACAAAGGACAUCACAGUGACCGCUGCACCCAACCUGAACAGAGGCAUCCGUUUCUCAUGUGCUUUAGAGAAGUGUGACAGUCCGGGCCCCUCCAACUGUUCCUGCAGCUUCUCUAGUGAGAGCUUCCCUGCUGAAGGACUCAGCCUAAGAGUUACGAUCACAGUCCAGACGGAGACGCUCACUAAGAACGUGCUUUUGAAAAACUGCUCCAGCAUCAGAGGAAUGCCAACUUCUACUUUGUGUAUGGAGUGCAUGUCAGCAGGAUGUGCAUGGUCUAUCUCAGGUGAUACUUGUACCUGGAGGACAGCAUCCACAAAAGCUUCAGAAACCUCACAGGAUAUAUGUAAAAACAUCACACUGGGGCAAAACUAUACAAAACCAGAGAUUCUAUCCAUGUCACCUGAUGAAGUGUCCAUCCAUGGCCGAAACCGUGCAGUUAUUAAAGGAAGAAACCUGGAAUCAGUCACAAAGGUCCGUUUCCAAGGAAACAUGGACUGCAAUCCGAAAGAGUCCCCAGUGUUGUCCCAUUCUAGAAACUCCAGUUUCCAUGAGUCUCUGACGUUCCACAUUCCGAGCAGAGCCGUGAAAGACACUGUAGGAGUCUGCUUGCUGAAGGCGGAUGGCCAGUGUCAUGGCAACGUCAAACUGACCUACGACUCCCCUCCAAUCUGCAACCAUCUGGAACCAAAGACCACAUGGGCCAGUGGAGGCAGAGAGAUCAUGUUUAACGGUUCUAACCUGAAGUUUGUGGAAAAGAUGAAGCACAAAGAUCAACCUGAGGAGUUCACCCUCAAGAGAAAGAAAGAGAUGUUGGUCUACUUCACCCCUGCUGGUGUGUUGGACUCUACUGGGUCCAGACAGGUGUCUGUGGAGCUGCUGGUGGGGAACAGCUCAGUGACCUGCAGAGAGGAGCUCACCUACCUCCCAGACCCACAAUUCACCAGCUUCACCGCCACACGCAUGGGCGAUGGCAUGUUCGUCAUCAUAGAGAAAAAUGCAGACUGCCUGGAGCUGAAAGACUCGGAGAUCCAGGUCCAGGCCAUGCAGGGAGAGGUGCCCUAUCAUUGUGUAAUACACCGAAUCAAAGAAGGCAAUGACAUCACCUCUGUUGUCUGUGAUAUCGAAAAUCAGCCAAACAUCAGCAUAGACUCACUGAAGAUCACUGUUGGAAAGUUUUCAUUCAAUCUUGAAAAGAGCUGGAACCUGAACCAGAGAGAAGCAGAGAACCCCUCACUCUAUGGCUCCACUGGAAUGAGCCUUGAGGAGAGAUGCAAACUGCUCACUUUUAAGCCGGACGUCAGACCAGUGAGAGUGUGUGUGCUUCCACCAGAUGCCCACAGUUACGACAACACCAAACUAGCCGUCAGUAACGCAGCUUCAACAAAAAUCCUGCCUUAUGUUGCGAUGUCCCUCUAUUCCAUUCUUGGUGUUUUGGCUCUCAUGUGCUACUUUCACAUGAAAAAGGAGAGAGAAGAUGAGGCUGCAGAGACAUCCAACCAAGAAACCACCAAACCAGCUCUCAUGUACUACUUCAUGAAACAGAAGAGAGGAGAUGAGGCUGCAGAGACUGCUGCUCCUCACAGCAGAGAAACCACCAAGUCAGCUUGCGUCCUAUCUGAUGCUCAGAAUUCCUCGUAUGUGCACGAGGAUGAAAAGAGACCCAUCUCAGUUGCGUCACUGAGAGAGUCGAUAGUGGAGGACUAUGAAGAUGUCAUUGCUGAUGACAAUGAAACCAGCCUCGAUGAUAUGUUGACAGAGUCUUUGAGAGAGGAGAGGCAGGAGGACUAUGAUGACAUCACCACUGAUGAGAAUGCCCCUAAUGUUACCAAGGUGGAGGAGACAAAGCAUGCCAAUGAAAAAGAACAGGAGUAUUAUGAUGACAUCACAAAUGAAGAUGACCUUCAAAUGACAUCAGCUAUUGCAGGGAUGAUGACAGCAGACCAAGCUCAAGAGUAUGAUGAUGUCAUCACUGUUACCAUGGAGAUGAUUCUUCGUGUGGUGGUCGACAGUGGUGAUAUACGAAAAGUCACACUUUCUAACAAACCAGUCAGUGUUCAGGAACUGAUACAUCAGUUGGAGAAGAGCUUACGACUUGAAUAUGCGUUCAGCUUGCAGUAUGAAGAUCCAGACUUUAGCAAUGCUCUGUGUAACCUUACUGACAUCAGAGCUUUGCCUGAGAGGCCAACAUUGAAGAUCAUCCCCAUUCACUCACCCUUCUGUUCUCAUUAGCAGUUCUCAGGUUACAUCCACACUCCUCUCUUGUUGUUUGAAUCCGAAAACAAACUUUGUUUUGUUUUCGCCUCUUCCACGCUCUUGAGCUUGUGGAACUGAACUGUGAGCCGCAUAUUCAUUUGAAUAUGUUGGCUUUUUGUUUUCAUGUGGACAGGGGAAUCUGAAAACAUCUGAAAAUGGUGAUGUAGAAGUCUAUGUUGGACCAUGUAAUGCUUAUCAGUUCAAUUUUCUAAACACAAAUGGACAUUAUGCAGUAUUUUUUUUUUUUUGUAAUUUUCUUAAUUUAUGAUCCUCUGAAUAAAAAAGAA